GUCCUCGUCCACCCCGUCCACGGCCUGAAGAUCUGCGAUUUCGGGCUCUCGCGCAUCUUCUCCCCCUCCAGCAAGGCGUACACCCCGGAGGUCGUGACGCUGUGGUACCGAGGGCCGGAGCUGCUCCUGGGGCAGCCCACGUACAGCUCAGAGGUGGACAUCUGGUCCGCCGGGUGCAUUCUCGCCGAGAUGGCCACCGGCGAUCCGACUUUCCCAGGAGACUCCGAGAUAGGCACCAUCUUCAAGAUCAUGCAGCUGCUGGGCUCCCCUACGGAGGCGACCUGGCCCGGCUUUGAGCAGGCCACGCCGCUCUGGAAGGCGUCCUUCCCCAGGUGGCCGCCCACCGGUCUCGCGUCCCUCUACGAGAGGCGCCCCGAGCUCGGCUCGGCUGGGAUGGACCUCCUCCGCGGCAUGCUCGCCAUGAACCCUGCCUCGCGCCUGACCUCCCGGCGGGCCAAGGCGCGCGCUCUCGGCCUCGCCGCGCAGCACGGUGCCGCGUAGAGCCGCCGCGAGGGGGAGGGGGGCAGCCCCGAGAGUUUCCCGCCGGGACUGCGGCACGGCCCUGAGCUGCGCGCGCUGUCAUGCUCGGGGGGACGUCCCCAGACCCCCUCGAGUAAUGA